UAUCUGAAGCGCCACCUGCAAUAAUCAGAUUCUAAUGGCGGCUGCACAGAAAAAAUGAUUGACGAAGGUCCAGGGUCGAUUUCUGGAGGACAGGGGAAUCAGAUGAUGUCGGGAGGGCCGGGAAUGGGUUCUCGACAACAGCAAGAUGAAGCGAAUCAAAGACCACAAUACUCAAUGCCUGGCAUUUUGCACUUUUUACAAACAGAAUGGGCUCGAUUCGAAAUGGAACGAAGCCAAUGGGAAGUGGAACGGGCCGAAUUACAGGCAAGAAUAGCAUUUCUGCAAGGAGAACGAAAAGGACAAGAAAACUUAAAACAGGAUUUAGUCAGAAGAAUCAAAAUGCUGGAGUUUGCCUUGAAGCAGGAAAGGAGCAAGUAUCACAAACUGAAAUAUGGAUCAGAAUUGAAUCCCGAUGACUUGAAACCACCAUCAUUUGAUAAAGAAAACAAAGAUGAGCUCAUAGAGACCAGUGCUGUAGCUGCCCCACAGCCCAAUGCCACCUGGAGGCAGGGGAGACAACUCCUUAGACAGUAUCUUCAAGAGAUAGGCUACACUGACACAAUAAUUGAUGUGCGUUCAGCUCGUGUGCGUUCUCUGCUUGGCCUCCAGCCCCAGACAGACACUGGGGAGGGGGCCCAACCUGCCCUGGUGAAUGGGGAAGGGCUCAACAACCGACGGGCCAUUGAUCAAGGGAAAGCUAGAGGCUCAGGAAAGAUGCCUACCUCCCUUGUAGAGGGCGCUCUCAUGGAAAGUGAGGCCUCCGUACUCGCUACUUUUGAUUUCCUUUCCAAUGAAAAUGUUGUCGAUGAUGAUGAUGAUGAUGAUGAAAAUCUAAGUGAUGAGAAUGAAGAUGGAAUGGCGGGUGAUGAUGAGGCUGAUGAACGAAUUGAGAAAACAAGCCGUGGUAAAAUCAAGACUGCAGGUAUUGAGGGUAUGGCAGGGGUGGAUGACGAAGCAGAGGAGGUGCUUGCUGAAUUUGACUUCCUUGUAAAUGAGACAGCUGAGGGGGCAGGCGAGGCGCAGAGCCAUGGAGACGGACCAGAGUGGGAAGAUGAGGACGAUGAUAUUGAUGAUGAAUUAGAUGAGGCUGAAGCAGCUAAGAAAGAUCUCGGCUCUCCCAAUGAAGAAUGGGGCGUUGACCAACAGCUAAUAUCAAAACUAAAAGAGGAGUACAAAAAAGACAGGAAGGGGAAGAAAACAAGGCCAAAGCGCUCCACACUGCAGGCCAUGUUGGCUAAUCUGAGUGAUGGGGAAGAUUUAUCCUCCUCUCCUGCCGGGGCAGCAAGCUCCUCCAUGACACAGGCAGGCGAUGUCGACAACUUCGGCGGUGUGUCCAGUGGAGGAGGUGUGCCCGCAGGCAGUAGGAUCCAGUCUAAUACCGAGGAAGACCUUGAGGCAGCCAUAGGCGUCGGCCUCGGAGAACUCGCAGAAAUCACAGUCAGCAAUGACGCCGACCCUGGCAACUAUGAUAUCUCAGCCCCGACAGAGGUGUUUCGGAAGACAUGGAAUGCCAAGUACACGUUACGGAGCCAUUUUGACGGUGUGCGCACACUAGCCUUCCAUCCAACAGAACCGGUUCUCAUCACGGGCUCCGAGGACCAUACACUCAAACUCUGGAACCUACAGAAAACUGUGCCAGCUAAGAAGGCAGCUUCCUUAGAUGUUGAGCCAGUGUACACAUUUCGAGCGCAUGUGGGUCCAGUGCUGUGCUUGGCAGUGAGCGGGUCUGGGGAGCAGUGUUAUAGCGGGGGUCUUGACUCCACCAUCCGCUGCUGGAACAUACCCAGCUCCAAUAUUGACCCAUAUGACUCCUUCGAUUCAAAUGUGUUACAAGACACCAUGAUAGCCCACACGGAUGCUGUAUGUGGGCUGUCAAUACACAACACAAAGACCCAGCUUCUCUCAUGCUCCGCAGAUGGAACAGUGAGGCUAUGGAGCCCAGGAACAAAGUCACCGCUCCUCAACACCUUCACUGUUGACAGUGAGGAUGGAGUGCCGACAUCAGUUGACUUUGUGCGGUGUGACCCUGGACAGAUGGUGGCCGCCUAUACCUCAGCCAACACUUACCUAUUUGACCUGGAGACCAGCAAACAGGUCCUCACACUAGAAACCAAACAAAACACAGAGGCUGGUUCUAACAAUCAGAUCAACUGUAUUGUGAACCACCCGACCCUGCCUGUCACCAUUACAGCGCACGAGGAUAGGCAUAUAAGAUUCUUUGACAUUAACACUGGUAAAAUGAUCCACUCAAUGGUCGCUCAUCUAGACGCUGUCACAUGUUUAGCAGUAGAUCCAAAUGGGCUGUAUUUAUUAUCAGGGAGUCAUGACUGUUCAAUAAGACUGUGGAACUUAGAUAGUAAAACAUGUGUACAAGAAAUAACUGCACAUAGAAAGAAAUUUGAUGAGUCAAUACAUGCAGUUGCAUUUCACCCAGCAAAGCCGUACAUUGCAAGUGCAGGGGCAGACGCUUUAGCUAAAGUGUUUGUAUGAUAUACACAUUUGGAUAGCUUCUAGGAUCUUCAAAUUAACAUGUGUACAUAUGAAGCCAGUGAUUAAAUGAAUUGAUUACUGUGUGAAUAGUGACGACACAAAGGCAAGCCACCAGCACUGACCCACAAGACUGUGUACAGAAUUGUCCUCCCAUCGAUGUCCAGCAGCUCGUAACAUCUUACGACUUGCAUAUUAAAACACCUUGUGUCGCUCACUUACAUUAAUUACCAUAUGCUGCAAACAGCCAGUGAGAUGUUCAUGUUAGCCAGUCAUGUUAUACCAGUAAAGUGCUGGACAGCACUUCAGAUUACAAGAUUUUGAUAUGUUCUAUGUGCUGCUGGUUGAAAAUGUGCUAAAUUAAAAUAAGCUGUUUAAGAUUGGUUUGACAGAUUUACAUUAUAUGGGAAGGGGGGUUUUAUUGUGAACAAAGGAAAUACUCGAAAGUCUUCUUCUAAUGACUUUGUGGUUAAUGUUGCCAUAGUUUUCUGUUAAUAAUUCAUCCAGUAAUUAUAAGAAAAUACAAUCAAUACAAAUUUACAAGAAAUUUUGUUACAAAUUUACUUCAGAUGGAUUUUGUAUGAUAAAUAUACAUGUUUCUAAUGAUGUUAAAUGGAAGUGGUAAAUUUAAACCAUACAUGGUAACUGAUCACUUUAAUGUCAUUUAAUAUGUUAACAGAUUUUAUGAUAUCAUUGUUAUCAAUCUUGGUCAUAUUGUUGAUGCAGUAUGAAAUGUGUGCACGGAUGUAAGAAUGAAAAGAACAAAUUUAAUAGAGGUAUUAUACCCAGUGAUGCAAUACAGGUUAUACCGAAUACUGUAAAUUUAUAGACCUAGUAUAUUGAAUUUAGACAUAUAAUAUAGCCCUUGUGUUGCCAAAUAGGUGUAUUGUUCAUUUUGUAUUGUAUUUAAUUGCAUAUAUUUAUGUUCAGUGUUAGCCUGUGUAUACUUCAGAUGUAAAAUUACACUACAGGAUCUGAUUAUGCAUAAUUUUUACCAAUUUUUUAUCUGUUGAGAAUUGGUUUAAAUCUGUAAUUUACCAGAGAUUUGAGGAUAUGUGCUAUGUAUGGAGAUUUAUCUUACAAGAAAGUGUGCUGUUUAUAAGGAAAGUCUGUGCUAUUUAGUUUGACCAACAUUCUUCCAUUUUCAGCUUGUCUAUUUUUUUAAUACAGCUCUUGUCCAAGCCUUACUGUCAUUGUUGCAAACAUGCAAACACUUGAACCAUGGCCAUAGCUCUAAAAAAUAUUCAGGAUAUUUAAAUGGGACAGAUGAAAGCAACAUAUUAGUGUUGGCGUUCCCUCUGUGAUGAUCUUGUCAAGCUGAUUUGACUUCUUUUUAAUUUUGUGACAAGGACUUUUGAUUUGUUCAUCCAUUCUUAGCACUACAACCAAGUGAUAGGUUAGUUAUUUUUUGGAAAUGAAUUCUUCAUUAAACAUUUCAUUUCAGUUUGCUAUGUAAUAAUCUGUGUUCAAAGUAUUUCAUUCUGUUGCAAUGUUCACUUCAAACACACACUAAUACUCCUUAAACAAUAUCAAAAGCUUUAUUAAUCUGCAGUGCCCUGUAUCCGGAGACAUAAUUGUGAUAAAAAUAGUCCUGUAUCUUAUAUUUUCAUGUAUUACUACAUACGUCUAGUCCGUAUUUAACAUGCUUUAUAUAAAAGUGAUGUAUUCAAAUUAUCAGUAAUUUUCUAAGCACUAUAUAUAUAUUGUCAAGAUUAUUGAGACUUGCCUUGUAAAAACUACUAGAAUUAUUACUAUGAAAUCAUUUUGACAUGGAAUUCCUGAUCUGAUUCUUAUCCUUGCUGAAAACAUGAACAUUAUUGGGCUAUUAGAGGUCAUAAACAAAAUGACUUCUAAAAUAAAAUGGCAAUUGAGGACGUCUGUACACGAUGUGGUCAGUGUCAUUGAACGUCUGCAUAUAUUGAAUACUACUCUCAUUAAGUGGUCAUGAUACAUAAUAUACCUUCUCAUUUCUUACUAGAACUGUUUUAAUGUUCCUUUUGUCAUACAACCUAAUUGUGAUAUUUAUGUACAUUUUUAUGUUUCAACAUUAUUUAUUUUUCUUCCUUGAUUUUCUGUACGAGCAGCUAUUUGUUUCUCUUUUUAUAGAUAGUCUAAAAUAGAUAUUCAAAAAUUGCCGUUCAGUAAAUAGUUUAUUCUGACAGAUCUUGAGUAAGAUAAGACCACAUAUAAUUAAAAAUUUAUUUUGACCAUUGAAUAAGUAUGAUUAUUUCAAAUCUGAAUACUUUAAGAUAUAUCUUUCUGGAGAUUGUUUAAAGAACAUGCAGACUGAUUGUGCCUUGUAGAAAAAAAGUAAAAAGUACUUGACCCUUUUGAAAGACAAGUGAAAAGAGAAACUCCGUGGUUUUUGAAGAAUCAUUGUUACUUCCCCUGGUCCGGACCGCGAUGUUCGGGCCCUCUCUGUCCCCCUAUGUAUCAUGUCCGCAUAUAGUAGUUGUUAAGCAUGUCAAAUACACUUUUGUAAAGAAAAGUACAUUUUAAUAAUUGAAAAAUAUUAAAAGUCAUGUAAUAUGUC